AUGCCAGACCGCGCUUGGAAUAUGGAUGAUGCAACGCGCAAUCGACUUCUCAAAAAGUACAAAACACAGGUAGCCUCGGCAACGUCAACCGUUUGCGCGACGCUCUCGGUGACCCCUUUGGAGAAUAUCAAGACUCGAAUGCAGACACACAACUUUAAGAAUGUCUGGCAAUGUGUUCGCUAUCUCUGGCGCACCGAAGGGCCUCGGGGUUAUGUAGCUGGUGCGCUUCCACCUUUGGCAAGUGUAACGGCGGUCCGGGUCGUCAAUUUUACCACAUACAACGCCUUCAAGGAAAUCAUUUCAGAUAAUGUCGAACGCGCCACUGGGUUCAACCCCCUCACCGAUUAUCAACGGGCUGGGAGCAUGCCCUCCGUGUCGGGGGUGAUGACCUUUACUGCCGCAGGCAUGAUCGCUGGUUUGGUAUCCUCGCCUCUUGCUUGUCCUUUCGAAUUAGCGAAGAACGUCGUUCAGACUUCCGUUUUGGUAUCAAAUCGCGCAAUGGCUGCUCCAGAUGCUGCGCGGGACAGUUCCCUGCGCCACAAGCCCCGUCUGGGUACCAUUGAAGCCAUCAAUCAGAUUGUCAAGCGACAUGGACUCCGAGGUCUAUAUACCGGCUUCCGCCUACAUGCUAUGCGUGAUACGCUGGGCACCGGUGUUUAUUUUAGCGUCUAUGAGACCGCAAAGCAAGUAGCGGCGAAGGAGUUGGGCCAGGACAAGAAUCCAUUUGGAGCCCCAAUGAUUGCCGGUGCAAUUUGCAGCACUGUACCUUGGUUCUGCACGUACCCCCUCGAUACCCGCAAGACUCGUGCCCAAAGUGUUCUGCUUGGAAAAACCAGCGAGAUUGGCCAGGCUUCACAAGCCGUCGCCAAAUCCAGCAUGUACAAGGGUUUGUCUAUCAUUCUCAUCCGGACCGGCGUCAACAACAUGAUUUUGCUCAGCAUUUUUGAAUAUAUUAAGAUGCGAAUUGAUGAGCUUCCGAAUUAA